ACUUCUGUCAUUUACGGCAAUCCCUUCUGCUACAAGCGACUCUAGGGGGCGCUCUUCUUGGCUUACGUUUCUACGCAACAGGCCUGCAGCCACCAAUUUUCGCUCCUGCCGAUAACCCAGCAUCUGUUUCACCAAGUUUUCUUACAAGAACUUUGACCUUCCUGUAUCUCCCAUCAUACAAUGCGUGGAUGCUGAUGUACCCAAAAUCCCUGAGCUUUGAUUGGUCGAUGGAGUCCAUACCACUCAUACAAACGAUAACAGAUUUGCGAAAUUUAUGGAGCAUGGACCUGUAUGUGACAUUGGCGAUGCUGGGAUACCUUUGUUUUAAAGAACUAGAUAAUCUCCAUGAAUUGACUUCACAAAGUAAUGGGAGAUUAAAAAAUGUGCCUUGUAAAAAUGACACUGGUGGGUCAGGAAGCUUUAAAUAUCUUGAACACACGUCUUUGUGCAAUGGUUUUACGCAAAAGAGCAACGGGAAAGAGACAAAGUCGUUACGCAAUGGCCAUGCAAAGAAAAGUCCAGUACCAGCCAAAAAAGAGAACAAUAAUUCCUACCAACGCAGCAAUGGUUGCGAUAUUAUUCGGAAGCGGCACUCGCGGCAUUGUUCGUGUAGUCCCGAGCGAUGCGGCCGUCGCUUCUCCAGAAGUAGUAGUUGUAGUAGUAGUGGGUCGGUGAGCUACUCGGAGGAUGACAUCGUUGAGCGCACGCGACUUCUCAACGUCGUCAUUGUCGCUACCUCGUUCCUCAUCUUUCCCUUCCUUCCUGCGACGAACGCUUUCUGCUACGUCGGUUUCGUCAUCGCAGAGCGUAUCCUCUACAUACCGAGCAUUGGCUUCUGCUUGCUGUUGGCAGAGGGCGCCUGUCAGAUCUGGCAGAGGUUUUCCGGCUGGGGACGAAAGGUCCUUAUUGCGUUGGUCGUGGUGCAGUUGUGUCUCUUCAGUGUUAAAACUGUUCUCCGGAACCAGGAAUGGCAGACCGAAGAAGUACUCUAUAAGGCAGGCAUUGAGGUCAAUCCACCAAAAGCUCUAGGAAACUUGGCCAAUAUCUAUAAGACAGCAGGCCGGAUACAAGAGGCUGAAGAGGCUUACCGGAGGGCCCUGACAUAUCGCCGGAACAUGGCAGAUGUACACUAUAACCUAGGUGUGUUACUCCAAGAAAUUGGUAGAUUUGAAGAAGCCAUCGAAUGUUACCAACUUGCCAUUAAAUGUCGCCCUCGUAUGUCAAUGGCCCACCUCAAUCUGGGGAUCGCCUUAACGACAGUAGGACGUAACGUAGAAGCAGAGGCUGUGUACAGACAAGCUGCUACCUUAGACGAUGCUGGGCUUAAGGACCCUCGGGGCCAGAUGCAUGGCAUCGUCUCUUCUCUCUUCAAUCUGGGAAGACUUCUUCAAGAGGCAAAUAGACACGAGGAUGCUUUAAUUGUAUUAGAGGAUGCACUGAAGAGGAGACCCGACUUCUAUCCUCAACAAAGCCUACACAACAUGCUUGGUGAAACACAACACAAACUUGGCAACAUUCUGGAGGCAGAGAGGUAUUUCAAGGCAUCCCUUCGCAGCAAACCAGACCAUGUGCCCGCCCACCUGACCUACGCAAACCUUCUGGGAAAAACGGAUCGAGCUGUAGAAGCGGAACGUCUACUUGAGCGAGCAGUGACACUGGAACCAGAAAAUGCAAAUGUGUUUCGACAUUUUGGACAAUUUUGGCACGAUCAGGGCGAUUACAAGAAAGCCUCUCAAUUCUACCACAAUGCUCUUACUCUUCAACCGAAUGACUUUGAGAUAACCUUCAAUCUUGCCAACUCACUCCGACAAGCCAAAGAUAACGAAGAGGCAGAAGUUUACUACAGGGAGGCUGUCAACUUGAAACCUGAUGUUGCCAAUGGACAUGUAAACCUGGGUGCCAUGCUGCACCUGAAUGGAAAGCUUGAAGAAGCCCAGGCAAGCUACCUGAAGGCACUGUCUUUGAAGCCUGAUGAUCCAACCAGUCUUCAGAACCUCAAGAAACUACGCAACCUCAUGGCCAAGAAGGCGCAAGCCAAUAAGCAACCAGAGUCGUGAUGAAGGCCAGAAUGAAAAAUAUUCUAAGACCAUAUUUCUCUAACUUUAGCCGACCUGAUGGACUCGGUAACAUCGUUGGAAGCCAUACCUUAAAAGACAUGGGAGAGGUACUUGAAGGCACUUUACUUGAAGACAGGUCACCCACCGAGUGUCUAGAAUCCCAAAAAGAUUUGCAAUGAUGAUCCAAUCGAACCUACGCAACCUCACUGUCAAGUUACUGUUGAACAAGCAACAGUUGAAGACAACAGAAAUUUUAGAGAACAUGGAAGAACUAGUUGCCCACAACUUCCAACAGUCUUGGUACACUCAAAAAUUGUUAGAAGACCCUCAAGCAUUAUUAGAAGAUACUCUGCAUGAUGAAGUAGCAAGUGUCAAGAAGCAUCAUGGUGCUUUCCAAGGCCAUGAACAAAGAAUCCUUAGCUGUCAGGCAGCCCCUUAAUCGUGAAAGCAAUGGCCUUUAUGGAAGUCCUAUGUGUCUACAACCUCAGCAAAUUUUCUUGACUUUUAUUGAAGACACUCUGCGUGAAUCAGGAGGAUUCAGAGUAACAGUCACCGGACCCUCAAGAAACCACUUCACCUUGUAGCCAAAAGGCAUCAACUAAAACUACGAAGAAAGCAACGAGAGUAACAUCUGAAGGUUCUAGGUCUCCAGAGAUUCAACAGCUUUGGAUACUCUCUAAAAGAAAUGACUGUCUGAGCUUUGGGAAGUUCAAGGCCCCAUAACAUAUUGCUUAGUGAAUUAUAGUACUGCUGAUAUUCACAAUUGAUCAUACACAAUGAUUAAUGGAAUUGAUCAUAGAAAUCAUCCUCAUGAUCAAAGAUUGCUAAGCUUUAUCAAAUACACUACAAGGGAAGACUGGACAGUCAAUAGAGCGCGCAAUGAAACGCUUGGGAAGAGCUUCCACAGUGUCGAGUAAGUAGACCUUCACCAGCAAUCGCCUAUCGCCAUUUUGGGUUGUGUACAAAACAUAUGAGGGAAGUGGUGGAGGAGUUGGAGGAAUAGAUGAUCUUUACAUUAAUUUUUUUUUCUGAAAUUAGAAAUGAAUAUAUUUUAGAGGUUUCUGAGUAAUAAAAGGAUGAAUUAUUCCCAUGCACCGCCCUUUGCCCUCUCUUAUUUCCCCAUAUGUAUUAUACACAGCCGUGUGGCGAUGUGCGAUGGUUUACCUACUCAACGCUGGGGGGCGCCCUUCCCCUUGAGCGAAAACGAUCGUUUCAAACCUUCGCUGAAGUUUCUGUUCUUCCUCUUGUAGCGUCUUUGGCUUUAUGUUGAAGGGCCCAGGAGACCUACCUGAAGUCAAACUUCUUUUAGUAAAGACUUGAAGUCUGAUGAUGUACCACUGUCCACAACCUUUAGAAACUACGCAAAAUCAUGAAGACCAAGAAGUCACAGAUGAACAAGCAGCAACAGGAUUUAUGAGAGAAUAUGAUAUGAAAGAGUGUGUCUGAAACGUCAAGAGCAUUGAUCAUCCGAUGAAAUCAAGUCAAAGUAUGAGCUGAGGACGCUUGGGCAAGUUACUUGAAGGCACUCUCCUUGAAGUCAGAUGAAUCUGAUAAUGCAGUCACACUAACGAAACUGACCCUAGACCAAUGACAGAUAUCAUGUUAUCCCUAUUGACAUACCAUCGGUCGUUUGGGAAUCAGUUUUUCUUUAUGUGACAUAAGUGUCAUAAUGCCAUUAACAUCAAUAAGCAACAGAAUCUAGUGGCCAAGCCGAAGCAGUAAAAAAAUCAAAUAAAAACAACAGCAUGAAAUCCUGAGGAAUAUUUUGUAGCAUUUAUUGAACAUGAACAGAAUACAAUGUAACAGAAAUUCUCUAAAUAGUGAUAUAAGGCUGAUGUAGAAAGAUGCUUUCAUUUGUAAUCUUCAAUGCUAGACUGAAAAUAACCCUAAUCCUGACUUUCCAAUAAAAUUUUAUACAUUAAUACAAAUCCCCUUGGGCAUUUGCCCUUUAUCUUUUACUCCACAUAUAAGGACAUAUUUGAAUUGAAUUAGACAAAACUAAGUGCAAUAUUUGAUAAUUGAGUUUAACCUGUAUUACUUAUUUAAGAUGUUAACUGAAUGGUAAAUGCCAAAUUCUAAUGAAAUUCAGUUUGCACUCUAAUAAAGAUUGAGUAAAAAUUUACCCAAUAUUGGGUAGAAAGGGAACAAGCAUGUUUGCUGCGUAAUUGUUUCCCACAUAUUGGGUAAAAUGCAAGUUUAAAGGGUAAAUUUCAAUGCAAAGUAUUUGGUAUCAUUUUACCCAGCAAGCAUACAUGUUCCCAUUUUACCCAAUAUUGGGUAAACUGUUUUUAGAGUGUGUAAUUGAGCAAUAUAUAACUUACCCUAUAGAGGGCUGGUAUGAUGUUGUAAUACAUGUAUGAUGUAAAAAAACACUUAUUUUCAUAACAUAAGUAUUGUCAUAUUGUUAGAACAAUAUGUUUUCUUCACAAUAAUCAUGGUGUAUCUUUUCAAUGAUUGAAUUCACCUAAGUUUCCACUUAAUUUGAAUUCUGAAAUGCACUCAAUAUAUUAAACAAGGUAAAUCCUUGUUUCUUUGUGCAUUUAGCUUUAUCAUGGGAUUAUAACCUCAAUUUUGAAAAAUCUUAUUUGCACCAACAAAAUUUCAGUGAUAAUACAAGUAGAUAAAUUUAUUAUAUUGAUUAUAAUAAUUGUAAUAAAAAAAUUUGACCAGCCAGCCCAAAAUCAACAAUGAAUCUCCCCAAUUGAAUUUUGAGAUUUCUGUUGAGCUUAAAAAGCACAUCCAAAGCUUGGAAAUGAUGCGUAACUCUUCAAAAUUGAUCAACAAUAACACUCACAGGCACUUGAUUGAAUGGAGAUCUAAGACAUUCUGUGAGAGGUAAAAAAAAAUAACUGAAGGAGAAAACAAGGUUUGAAGUUUAGGGCUCACUCAAUCCUGAGAUGUGUGUACUGUAAAAUCUUGGUGAAAUCUAUCAAGCAGUCUGUAUCUUUUUUUUAUUCAGCUUUCCUACCUGAAAUUUUUACAUUUUACUGAAAUUUUUACAGAAGAAGAAGAAAUACUCUUUCAGACAAGCAAAUUUUUAAAUUUUGGCCUUAUGAAGACCAAUUUACUAUUUUGGCUAUUUACAGAGUACCUUUCCCGGCAAUUUAUUGUUGGCUGUGGGGAGGCUGGUCACAAAUGAUAGAUGAAUAAUUGUGAAAUAUUAAGAUUUUUUUAUCAAAUGUGAUUUGAAAUGCCAAAAUGCAUUUGCCCGAAACAAUGAUUCUGAAAUCUUUUAAAUUAAGUAAUUAUUUAAAUAAUUACGAUUGUUUAAAUUUGUAUUUCAAUUUAUUUUCUUAUUUCUUCCUUUCAAAAAGUUAUGUAAUAUACAUGUAAUUGCAAAUUUUAUUUUCUCUCUUGUAUUUUACUUCCCUAAAUUGAGACGUUGUGUGUAAUUCAGGGCAAUUCAAUUCAAUUAAACACAGGCUUUAUAUAAGUAUAAAUACCAAUACAUGAUAAAUAGCCAAUUGAUUUAUAUAAAGGUGAAAAGUAUUAAAAACACAGAAAAUGCAUGAGUAAAUACAUUUAUUAUAAAGUUAUAAAAAUCCAUUUAUGAUUGAAAGCCAAUUUACUGAAAAUGUAACAAUACAUUCAUAGUAAGGUGAACAAUGGUUCAACGUACACAGAAUACGUCAGUCAGGACAUUUAUAUGAAGUUAUCAUUGUUGAAUGGGCAGGACAUUAAAUUAAAAUGGAGGCUUUUGUCAAGGAUAAAAAUAAUAUAUGUGCAUAAUUUCCAUGGAUAAAUACAAUAUCAAUUUACACUAAUCACUAUUUUUGAAAAAGUUUGAAAGUUCAUUUUAAUGAACAGUCAUAUACACAUACAUGUACUGUACUUGAAGCCUGUCUGAUUAAUGUGAGUUAUACUCAAUUACCAUUUAACCUUGUUAUCUUACAAACGUGUAGCGGCUGUUGAUUGUGUCAACCGUCAAUUCUUUGUGAAAAUUUGAUUUUUGAGGGUUUUUAAAUGUAAGUAGCAUCCUCUUUUAUUCAGGUUUUUAAAUGUAAAAUUUAAACACUUAUCUUACGACUUUAGUAAUUGGAUAUCAGAACGCUACAGACAAAGAUUAUAUCCUGAAAUGUUCAGCCUAUUCACAUGGUUCGGAAUAGGUCUUAUAUCAAAGAAGAUUUUUUUUUAAUGGAUAUUUCAAUAAAAAAAAUAUUCACGUAAAAAAUAAAAAGUUUAUCCAGUAAAACACAUAUCUUUUGAUAAUCAUAAUUUUUUUGGGGGCGUACACAUUUAUAUAUUUUAGUAAUCAAUAGGAAUAGUGAUAAGCACUGGGGAGGUCUGACUUACCAAAAUUUUAGAUAGGCUUUAUUCUGUUUAUUCGUGUAAAGGAAAAUAAUCUACACAUAUGUUCAGGUCUGAUUAUCUUCUCUAUCUGAAAUAAAAAGAUAUACCCUGUAUGUUAAAGUAAGUAUUUCUUGAAAGGUUACGAAAUUGUGAUAUUAAAGAUGCCCUCUAAAAUUUGAUUGUAGAAUCUGUCUAUCUGUAAUAUCAUAAUUUGUACUUAUCAUUUAUAUUUCGUAUUUUUCUUUCUUAAGUAAGAAUGUUAUAUGUUUAUUGACUUUUUAUGAUUUAUGAUUUAUCCCACCGAAUUAUACUUGUAAUUUUCCUUGAUUUUUUCUGGGCUGAACUUAAAUUUGUUACAAUUUUAUAAUGGUUGAACAAUAGGUUGCUAAUCCAUAUGAUUAUGUUUUAUUUACUUGUAAAUAUUGUAGUUUGAAAAGUGCCUAUAUUUUCUUAUCUAUUUCACACAAACUUAUUGUAUGUUGUAUUGCUAUUACAACUAAAAUGUGCAAUCGUUUUUAUUACCAUGGUGUAAUAUUUACCACUUAACUUGUUGACUACUGGAUGUCCCACCUCAAUAGAUAUCAUAGCAUGUUUAGGUUCCAGUGGCCAAUUAGUUAAUUGUUUCAUGACUUUUGAUGAGAUGAUGAAAAGGUCAAUAAACCAUUCUUUUACUUUAAAA